AUGUGGCAGAAGUUGACAUCGCUCUUUCUCUGCUAUCUGCUUCUCUUCACCUGCUGCGGGGUCGGGGUCGCUGAGGACAAAAGAGAAGACCGCUCAAAGGACAGCUCUGGGUUCUGGGAAGCGAUACCCUACGUUGUGGCCGGAGGAGGGCUCAUGGCCUUGGGGCUACCCCUGAUGGGCUUCACCGGUGCUGGGAUUGCAGCAAACUCCUUGGCCGCCUCGUUGAUGAGCUGGUCUGCAGUGGCAAAUGGAGGUGGCGUUCCAGCGGGAGGCUUGGUAGCCACGCUGCAGAGCCUGGGGGCUACAGGCGGCAGCUCCCUCAUGGCCAAGGUUGGAGCCUUUCUGGGCUACGGAGUCUAUCAAACCCAGAAGAGUGGGAAAAACAAGGAUGAAGAGUAA